UUGAGUCGGACGCCUCCAAGGAAGAAGGAGUAAUUCUCAGCAACAUCUUGUUCUAGUGCCAGUGGAGCCAGACGACAGAAUUAGUUGAAGUAACAUCUUUCGAAGCAUUCAUCAAGUCAGGACUCAGGAUGUCUCUCCUAGUGAAGGCCGGCGAGGCGAUACGCAACAGUCCCCUCAUGGCUCGCAAACCCAACUAUGCUCUAGCACAGGAGGACGAAACCGAUCCAUUCUCGCAGGGUGUCACUUUCUACUGCGAGUUUAUGAAGGCGGCUGAUCUACCACCCGAGGCAGGACGAGGAGACAAGGAGAACACGGCCAUUGUUGAGGACAUGUACCGAAACUCGAAAGCACCCUUCAGAAAGUACAGCGUGGUCGUGAAGGACAAGAGCAUUCGUCUGAAGGAUGUCGACAGCAAGCAGGUCAUCGACGAAGUUCCCAUUCAUUUGAUCAGCUAUUGCGGCUCGCACUUAACACUGGACCGAGCGUUUUUUCUGGUCUACCGACACAGCCAGACGAACAGAAUGCGCGCGCAGCUUCUAAGAGCAGCGGACAAACCCAAAGCCCAAGCUAUGGUGAAGACCGUCAGCAAGGCAUUCAGCAUCGCUUUCGGAGCAUGGAAAGCCAAGCAAAACGCCGAGAAGCAAGCGAGUCUGGCAGCCAACAAGGAUUCACCUCGUGCUAGACGAAAGCUAGCCGAUCAAAAGACCCAACCAUCGACGUUAUCCACUGGUAACACGACGGGACCCACGCAGGAAGUGACGGAGAAAAUGGGUGUGAUCACGGUCACACAGCCCAAGGCGGAAGAUGAGGAAAGCGACGAUGAGUUCACAGCACUGGCAGCCUCUCGGUCUCAGCCUGACCUACUGGCCAAUGACGUGGGUGCUGAUCCGAAACAGUUCAACUGGCUAGAGACCAAAGCGCACGUAGAUCCUGGGUCCACCUCCAACCUUCUCGACCUGUGAACACAAUACAACUACUACAGCAUAUCAUUGACCACUGGCACUGGAACAAGUUUUGGAUCGAUGCUGCUCUACAUGAAGUGUACACUCCCCAGACUUACAUAUACAUGUGUGUAAUGCCCUUCAGACUGAUGCAGCGUGUAAUGCCAUGCACGCCCAUGGCGUUGGAAUAGUUGUUAUUUUACAAUUUAAUAUUACAUAAUUAUUAUUGCUGUGCGUUGAGUACACAUAUUGAAUAUAUCACCUUUGCUAGUUCACACAUUUGGGUACAGUAACGUACUUCGAAGUAUCCCGAAAUCACAAUCCCUUAACAACGCUUCCCUUUACACGGUUUACUAGUAGUCUUUCGCUACACUUGCUUGAUCACACAGACGACAUGGUGCUCACUUUAAUAAUUAUUAUUAUCUCGUAUGAAGUUGCUUACUGUGAGAUUUGAGAGCGUUGCAUCAAUUUUAUUUUAAUUUGGAUGGUAUUCCCAAUUGUUCAGAUACACUCUCAUUUUGUCUAAAACUGUUUGUAUCAUGAGACCACCAGUGACACGAUCACUGUAGGUAUUGCUAUCGCUUGACACGUGCUUUGGCCUUUUGGGCAUCGAGUGGCAUUCUGCAAAUCACUGCACUUGUAAUGGGAAUUUCUCA